CUAAAACGUCGAGUGGCACUUACCCUUUUGCCCUCCAAGCUUGUACGGUCACGGUCGCCCUAUAGUUUGAUCAACCCCUUGAUGAAGCCAUCACGGUAGAUCCAAACCUCACCGUCAUGCAUUAUAGCCUAUUGGGCCUUGGCUUAGAGGCUGACACGGGCUGACAUGUCUACGCAUAUAUAUAAAAUGUUCAUCUGGCAUUCUUCGUGAGUCAUUUAUCUUUUCUGUUCUGGACGAUAUCCGCGACGUGAAAAUCCCGUAUACCCUUGUAUUAUUAAAGAUUCACAAUGAGGGCCAUCUUUACGUCUCUCGCCCUAGUCACUCUUUCCUCUUCCGUUCUCUCCCUUCCCUCAGAGCGGCGUGACGACGGGAGCACGCUGACAGAAAUCCAAGCUCUAAAUUUUGCCCUCUCCCUCGAACACUUCCAGUACUACUUUUACCAACGACUGUACCAGUACGGGUCACAGGACUUCUCCAACGCUGGUCUGCCGCCCUGGACGCCGGGGCGAUACGCACAGAUAUCCUCCCAUGAGCUUACGCAUGCUCAGUUCCUUGAGAAUAUACUGGGUGACAAGGCUGUUCAGCCAUGCACGUACAACUUCCCCGACACCGAUCCGAGAUCAUUUGUGAAGACCAGCAACAUCGUGGAGGCAAUAGCAUCCUCGGCGUAUACAAGUCUCACGAAGUAUAUCUCUAAUCCUGACUAUGCCAUUGCCAUCAGCUCUAUUCACUCUGUGGAAGCGAGACACUCGGCGUGGAUCAACGCGGACGUGCGUUUAGGUGCCGCUUGGAGCACGGCGUUUGAUGCACCAUUAAGUGUGAGCCAACUAUACACGAUGAUGAGUACCUUCAUCGCAUCCUGCCCAUCCUCCAAUUCGCCGCCACCCGUCAAAAUAUUUCCUGUACUCACGUUCCCCGCCAACGUUGUGCCAGGGCAGACUGUGCAAGUGUCGUUCUCGUCCGCAACUCCGGAGCACGGUUCACAGAGGUUGUACGCCUGGUUCAUCUCAGGCUUCGAAGCCCUCGUUAUACCUCUCCAUGAUGACAUGACGGUUACCAUCCCAAACACGCUGCAGGGUUUUGUGUUCUCGGUAAUCACGAAUAGCAGGGAGGCCGUGUCCGAUGAUGCUACAGUCGCUGGGCCGGCAUUCUUACUUUUUGAUUAUGACUACCAAGGAAACGACCAGUCGCUACCUAUGUGAACGAACCAAUGAUUUCUUCAGUGCGUCCAAGUUGUAAAACUACAUUCUAUCGACUGUGUACAUUCAUUGCUGAGAUUUACUUCGACUUUCUCUACGAUCAGUAU